CCCCAGCCUCGCCACCCCCUUGCAUGCGGCGCCCGGGCUGCGGGAGCCGCUGGCCAUGGGCACGAAGCAGACCAAGGGCUGCCAGCCGGGCAGCGCCGGGGAGAGCCCCCCGGGCCACCACCGCAAGAAGGUGGCCCCCAGGGAAAGGGGGGAUUUCCUGGCUUCCCUCGUGGCGAAGUCCGGCGAGAAGUUCGGCAAGGGCGCUGGCCCCAGCUUGCCCCCGUACCACCGGCGGAUCUGCAUGAUCCAGGACAUGCUGCUGCUGGUCAAGCAGGGCAAGCAGGAGGAGGCCACCGAGCUGCUGAAGAACCUGCGGCAGGAUUUAGGGAUGGAGUCCACCUCUCUGGAUGAUGUCCUCUAUCGUUACGCCAGCUUCCGAAACCUGGUGGAUCCCAUCACCCACGACCUCAUCAUCAGCCUGGCAAGAUACAUCCACUGCCCCAAACCAGAAGGGGACUCCCUGGGAGCCAUGGAGAAGCUCUGCAGGCAGCUCACCUACCACCUGAGCCCCCACUCGCAGUGGAGACGCCAGGGCAUCAUGAAGAGGAAGCCGCAGUCCUGCUUGAAGGCCGUGCUGAUGGGGAAGCCCCAGGACAACACCGUGGACUUGUCAGGCAUCCCCCUGACCCCGAAGGACGUGGAGAGGGUCACGUCCUACCUGGAGCACAGCUCGGAGCACAUCGACACGGUGGAGCUGUGCUUCACCGAGCUGACGGACGAGCUGCUGCUGCAGCUGCUGCCCGCGCUCUGCGGCCUGCCCCGCCUCACCACGCUGGCCCUCAACGGCAACCGCCUCACCAAGGCCAUCCUCAGGGACCUCACCGAGACCCUCAAGGACCCCAAGAAGUUCCCCAGCGUCACCUGGAUCGACCUGGGCAACAACGUGGAUAUCUUCUCGCUGCCCCAGCCCUUCCUGGUCAGCCUGAAGAGGCGCUGCCCCAAGCAGGGGAAUUUGCCGACCAUCCUGGAGUUUGGGGAGGGCCAGGUCAGUGAUGUGGAGGGGCAGGAGGGGCUGGGGGACAGCCAGGAGGAGCUGAGGGCCGGGCCAGGCCGGGCUGGCAGCACGGACUGGGAGCACACGGACACGACGGCCGAGCCUGGGGAGCUCCCUGGCCCACAGCAAGGUGCUGCCACGCCACAGACAUGAUGUCCAGCCCUUGGGUGGGCACCUUGAGCAAGGAUGACUUAAAACCUCAGAGCUGGGGGGGGGUCUGUUCCCACUCCGGGAUGCUCCAGGAGUCCCAGCUGCUGCCUUCCCCCUGUGCCACGAAUGUCAGUGAUUUUCUUCUCGAAGAACACAUAAAAGUGAUCACGUAGAGUGUUUGUAUUUUCUAACAGCUGGCCAGGUGUUCUGAAGCAUUAGUGGUGUGCUGUGCUUUUGGCUCUCUCAGAAAUGCGUCUCCAAGGGGCUGCAAAACCUCAGAAGGGCAAGAAAAGGGAGCAGGGAGGUGCCCAGGCUGUGCAGGGAAGGGCUCCCUUUCCUCAGUGCUGGAUCUCAGCUGCUCCCCACGUGUCAUGGACAAACAGCAGCCACCCCAAAGGGACCUGCCUGGGAUAAAGCUUCAAUCCUUCCCACCCCUGACUUCAGGAAUCCCUGGUGAGAGGCAUGGCUGCUGAGACACAACAUAAACCUGCUCACACACAAACCAGGGGUGAAAAAUCUGCUCACACACAAACCAGGGGUGAAAAACCUGCUCACACACAAACCAGGGGUGAAAAACCUGCUCACACACAAACCAGGGGUGAAAAACCUGCUCACACACAAACCAGGGGUGUUCCUCUCAGAAGUGUGAGCCCAGCCCAGAGGGAGAGCUUUGUUUUCCUGGGGCAGGGUUAAAUCCCAGCCUGCAGCAUGCCUGGACACCACCCUCACCUCCAGCCUUACCAAAACCAGGCUGGCAGCUGUGCCUGCCCAGGAUUUAUCCAGUAAAACCCAGUUUCCCACCAGAUGUAAAAACUCCUGAGCUUUUAACGGGAGAAUCUGAUCCAUUCUGGGAGGGAAACACAAAUCCUGGAGUCAGGCCUCAGAAGCAUCACUGACAAAAAGAGACCAUGAUACUGAAGGGUUAAAAAGGGUAAAACAAGCCUGGGGUUCAUCCCCUCUGUCACUGCCACACAGCCAGCUGGGAUUUAAAGCCCCAGAAAACCUUGGGCUCACUUGGCCAUGGCUGUCACCCCCUGGACCAGAAGUGCUUUGUUCCUGAAACGUUCCAGCUUUUCCUGAGACAGAGAUUUGGGUUUCUUUUCGGUGGGACAUGCAUCACCCCAGAGCAGCAGUGCUGGAAUGUGCACUUUGGCUUUUUGGAACCAGAACUUCACUGGAUCCCAGACCUGGGGGAGGGCAGGAAAGUGGGGAAAACUUCCUCUCCCUGGUGUUCCAAGGAGCAGAGCUGACUCCCUUUGCAGAGGGAGCCUCUUUGCCCCAAGCCCUUCCCCUGAGCAGCUCCCAGCAGUGACUCCAGCUUGGCUUUUUUCGGGUGCAAAAUGGGACUUUUGGUCCCAUUGGCUCUGUCCAUUUUUCCAGAGGGGCUUCAGGCUGCCAGUGGUUGGUUGUCCUCCAUUUGCAAGAAGGUAACUUAGAAAAAACUCUUGCUACUUUUAAUACAUUUGGCAACAGUCGGUAUGAUUUGCAUGUAUCCAAGCCUUUUUCCUUUUUUUUUUUUUUUUUUUUUAAUUCUAAUUCUUUCCAACAGGCAUGAAAAAAAAAAAAACUUUCCAGUGAAUAUGGAAUAUUUCUGUUUGAAAUAAAGGAGCUAUCCAUAAACAAAAUAAAUGAUAAUGUUUAAUAAAGA